GUGAAACGUGCUCAAGCGCAGUGGCAGGUUGCUAGCGCCGCGCGAUAAUAUACGCGGGACAAUUUUUUUAAAUUGUUUGCGGAAACUCUUUAGUUAGGAAUCUACUUUUUUAUUGUGCCAAUAACUAGCCAGUGACAUUUUCCUAUGCUAUGUCAACAAAAGGAACAGCUUGAAAAUUAGGUACUUACAGGAUUUACAGUAACAGGAUUCGAGAAAACUAUAGAAGAUGUCGAAAGAGGAGAAGCAAGUAAGCGAAGAGUUCCACCCCCGGGAGACGUGGAGGAUUCUCAAGAAUGUGGUCAUCAUCAGUAUAGCAUUCAUGGUGCAGUUCACAGCGUACAGCGGUGCUGCGAAUCUGCAAAGCUCAAUAAAUGCCGAGGCUGGGCUGGGCACUGCUUCGCUGGCGGCAGUUUACGCCGGCCUCAUAUUCUCCAACGUAUUCCUCCCGGCUGUGGUUAUAAAAUGGUUCGGUACAAAAUGGGCUAUAUCAAUUUCAUUCGUGACGUACAUGCCGUACAUAGCUGCCCAGCUGUACCCGACCUUCUACACGCUCAUCCCGGCCGGCCUCAUCGUCGGGCUCGGCGGAGGGCCGCUCUGGUGCGCCAAGUGUACCUACUUGUCAGUGGUAUCGGAAGCUUAUAGCAGAAUAUCUAAAGUUUCACCUGAAAAGCUCCUGGUACGCUUUUUAGGGCUGUUCUUCAUGAUCUUCCAGAUGAAUCAAGUGUGGGGCAACCUUAUCUCGUCCCUUGUACUAUCAUCUGGUAACAACACUGCGGCGGUGACGGCGCUGAAUGCCACAAUGAUACCGGAGCUGUGUGGCGCCAACUUCCUGCCCAGCGCUGACGCGGCCGAAGCGCUGCAGCAGCAGCCGCUGUCCAAGAUACGGAUAAUGACCUGUAUUUAUUUAGCGUGUAUGGCUGGUGCUGCUCUUAUUGUUGGUAUCGGAGUGGAUUCCAUGAAGAGAUACGAUUCAGUCCGUACUGGUAAGGAGACGGGUCUGUCAGGGUUUGCGCUGCUGGCUGUUACAGUGAAGCUUCUGGUGGAGCCCAACCAGCUGAUGCUGGUCAUCAUCAACAUCUUCGUGGGUUACCAGCAGGCCUUCUUCGGCGCUGACUUCACUGCGGCUUUCGUGUCGUGUGCAGUGGGUACGGGGAGUGUGGGAUUUGUAAUGAUGACAUACGGAUUGGCCGAUGCCAUUGGAUGCAUUGUCACGGGCUAUGUAGCUAAGCUGACAAGUCGAGUGAUGAUGAUAAGCGUAGCGUGUGUGGUGCACACGGCAUUGAUGGUGGCACUGCUCGCGUGGCGACCACUCGCUGGCCAAGCGCCGCUGAUGUUCGCACUCGCCGCGCUGUGGGGACUCACCGACUCCGUGUGGCUCGUGCAGAUCAACGCUUACUACGGCACCCUAUUCCCCGGCAGAGAAGAAGCGGCCUUCGCCAACUUUAGACUGUGGGAAUCAGUGGGCUACAUUAUCGCUUACGUCAUCUCCCCAUACUUGCGUACCAGUCAGAAGACCUACCUAAUGUUUGCCAUGAUGUUUGUAGGAGUAGUAUUGUAUUACACUGUAGAGUACAGAGAUCGAAAAGCUAAGAAGCAACUCAAAUUGAAAAAAGAAGAAACAUGCACAGAUAAGGGCUUCGAUAAUAUCGCCUUUCAGAACGUAGAAUUGUGAUUCACGACAUUUGGGAAUGUUCUAAAAAAAUUGUUUAAAUAAUAUUAUGUUUGUCAUAGUUUUAACAAAAUAUCUUCUUGUGUGAUAUAGUGAUACCUGAUUUUCCAAGACCCUUUCAGCUCGAUAAUCCUGUUGGUGGAUCGUGUCGCUUAUGUUAGUGCUCAGAACAGUUCCGAGACAGCAAACAGUGAUCUAUUGUUUGAUGAUGGAUUUAUUCAUACAGAAGUAUUAGUAGUGUAAUUAGUUUAGGAGAGAACAGUUACGUUAAAAUGGAUAGCAAAAAUAUUAGUUUAAGUAUUGAAUUAAAAACAAAAAUGGAUAAGCCGUUAAAAGUCAGGGUUAUUUGUAUUUGUUUUUAUUGUUAUAGUUCUAGUAAACCAUAGGUUUCUAAAUAUAAAUAAGAUAAUACGUCUGUGAUGAUUAUAGAUAGGAUCCCGUGUAUUGUUUGAGUUUUAUUUUAAACCUUAUUAUAAAACUUAUUGAUUUUCAUGAAAUUUUCGUUUCUUCGAAAACUUGAAUCUAUUUGUAAAACGGAAUGAAAGUGUAAUCUCAUAGUUAACAAUAUUAAAUUUUAUAUUUAUCUGUA